AACCCCAACAAUUCUCAUUUCUCCCUUUCUUUUUUCCUCUCUUCAAAGAAGGAAAAAAUAAUGACUUCCACAAUUGCAAAUUAUGGAGUUUCUCACUCUUUUUCACCGUCUACUUCCUAUUCACUUGAUUUCACCCUUCCUUCAAAAUCAAUCUCCAUGAAAAAUCACACAACAAAAACUAAAAUCCAUUCUGCUUUACUCACUUUCCCAAAACAAAACAAUACCCCCAAAAAACAACCACAAUUUCAAACACCUGAUUGGAAUUUUUUCCAAAAGGCAGCAGCAAAAGCUUUAGAUAUAGUAGAAAGCGCGUUAGUCUCACGCGAACUACAAAACCCUCUUCCUAAAACUGCAGACCCACGUGUACAAAUCGCCGGUAACUUUGCUCCGGUACCGGAGCAAUCAGUCCGGCAUAAUCUUCCCGUUAUAGGGACGAUCCCUGAUUGCAUUAACGGGGUUUAUGUCCGGAAUGGAGCGAACCCGCUUUUCGAACCGGUUGCCGGUCAUCAUCUUUUUGACGGUGACGGCAUGGUUCAUGCUGUCACUGUCGAAAAUGGUUCAGUGAGCUAUUCUUGCCGUUUUACUGAAACGGAAAGAUUAGUUCAAGAGCGUGAAUUGGGUCGCCCUGUUUUUCCUAAAGCUAUUGGUGAGCUUCAUGGUCAUUCUGGAAUUGCGAGGCUAUUGUUGUUCUAUGCCCGUGGAGUUUUCGGGCUUGUGGAUCAUAGCCAUGGGACUGGAGUAGCUAAUGCUGGAUUGGUUUACUUUAAUAACAGACUUCUAGCAAUGUCUGAAGAUGAUGUACCUUAUAAUGUUCAAGUAUUGCCUUCUGGCGAUCUUCAAACAGUUGGUAGGUACAAUUUCGAUGAUCAAUUGAAAAGCACAAUGAUAGCUCACCCGAAAAUUGAUCCAGUUUCGGGUGAGCUUUUUGCUUUGAGCUACGAUGUAGUUCAAAAGCCUUACUUGAAAUCCUUCAAGUUUUCUCCGGACGGGGAAAAAUCGCCCGACGUUGAAAUCCCACUGGAUGUUCCAACGAUGAUGCAUGAUUUUGCGAUUACUGAGAAUUACGUUGUAAUUCCUGAUCAGCAAGUUGUGUUCAAGCUUCAGGAAAUGAUCAAAGGAGGCUCCCCUGUGAUUUAUGACAAAAAUAAGAAAUCAAGGUUCGGAAUUCUACCCAAAAAUGCUAAAGAUUCUGAUAAUAUUAUUUGGGUAGAAUCACCCGAAACGUUCUGUUUUCAUCUAUGGAAUGCUUGGGAAGAGCCAGAAACAGAUGAAGUCGUUGUUAUUGGUUCAUGCAUGACACCACCAGACUCAAUUUUCAAAGAAUGUAGUGAGAAUUUAAAGAGUGUAUUAUCAGAAAUAAGGCUCAAUUUGAAGACCGGAGAGUCGACAAGACGACAACUACUUUCACCCUCAGAUCAGGUAAAUUUAGAAGCUGGAAUGGUGAACAGAAACAAACUCGGUAGAAAAACACAAUUCACUUAUCUUGCAAUUGCAGAGCCAUGGCCAAAAGUAUCUGGAUUUGCAAAAGUCGACUUAUCAACAGGGGAAAUUAAAAAACAUAUAUAUGGAGAUAAACGAUAUGGAGGUGAACCAUUAUUUUUACCAAGAAAUGUGAACUCAGAGAAAGAAGACGACGGAUACAUUCUUGCAUUUUGCCAUGAUGAAAAGACAUGGAAAUCAGAACUACAAAUUGUGAAUGCCAUGACUCUAGAAUUAGAAGCCACUGUCAAGCUACCUUCAAGAGUUCCAUAUGGUUUUCAUGGGACUUUCAUUAGCUCAAAGGACUUGCAAAAUCAAGUAUAAUACCAUGAAAAUUAUCGGUAUAUAUACGUACAUAUUAGAAGGGUAGAAAGGGCGUGAUAUAAUAUAUGUUAUAGAGGAGAUAUGUAUAAUCUUUUAAUUUUCCUCAACAUGCCAUUUUCUUGGAAUAGAGAGUUGAGAAGGGAGAUUUUCAGAGACCAAGCUUGAAGCUUGUAGGAUUCGGAAAGCUCAGAUGGUUUCUGUUUUUCUUCUUUAAAUUUUUUUUUUUUUGGGACAAAUAUACUCUUAGGUCUUUCACAUAUACCUAUUUUGUCAUUGUGUAUGAGUGAAUAAUAUUAAUUCAAAUUUACAUCGCA